UCCCUUUAGCAGGUGGCUACACAGGGUACAAACAAAACUCGUUCUUCCCAAUUUGGUGUGGGCAACUUUCAGACUCCGUCCUCCUUCAAUCCCAUGUCUCUCCCUGGGGCUCCUACUGCAGCGCCUAGUCCUGCUGCCUACCCUAGUCUCACCAAUCGUGGAUCCAACUUCGCUCCUGAUACUGGACAAACUGCAGGACAGUUCCAGACACGAACAGCAGAGGGUGUGGGUGUCUGGCCACAAUGGCAGGGUCCGCAGCCUCAUCAUCGCUCAAGUUCUAGUGAGCAACAUGUUCAGCAGCCAUCAGCACAGCAAUCAAGCCAGCCUGAGGUCUUCCAGGUGAGACAGUAAAGACAGUAAAGA